AUGGCAACGACAACAGGCAAGAAAAGGGAGUUUCUCUGUAUCCUACCUGAUCGACCCAAUGUUCUGGCUUUGAGAAAACAAGUUAAAGGUGGGCACUACGAAGGAAUUCAACCCUUGAUUGCCCAGGGAAAGCUCGUGGACGGAGGUACAAUUUUCGAGCAACAUCCCGAGGAAGGCAAAGAUGCUCAGUUUCUGGGAAGCGUCGUUGUAUACGCGGCUGAAAACGCCGAAGAGGUGCGAAACAUCAUCAAUAAGGAUAUCUAUGCCACGAGCGGGUUGUGGGACCUUGAAAAAGUUCAGAUUUUUCCAUACGUGCCUGCGGUUCGGCAACCUCUGCCUUAA